GGGCGAGUGCGGGAACUCAGAGCCAGAGGGGCGGUCCCUGUCCCAGGUCAUCCCCCGAAAGGGCCCGGCCCGGGCUCACCCCGGAAGGACGGGUGCCGAGAUCACCCGGGAGCGCUCACCCCACCGGCACCCGUGCCCAAGCCCGCCCCUGCGAAGGCAGGUACCCGAGCGCACUCCGGCGAGGGCGGCCCCUGAGCCCCGAACCCCGAACCCCGAACUCCGGCGCAGUGUCGCGCCUCUGCCCAAUGAGGCAAGGCCAGGCGGGUGCUGCCUGGGACCCAGUGACUCAGCACCCCCGCCCAGAUCAGCUGGACUUUUGCCCCUGCUCCACCAGCCUCCUGCUUGGAUCUCUCCUGGGUCUCCCUGCUGUGCCCGUCCAGGAUGCAGGGAGCUUGGGCUCCCAGGGACCAGGGCCAGUCCCCUGGCAGGAUGAGCGCUCUAGGCCGGUCCUCAGUCAUCCUGCUCACCUACGUGCUGGCUGCCAUAGAACUUACCUGCCUCUUCAUGCAGUUCUCCGUCGUGCCAUACCUGUCUCGGAAACUGGGCCUGGAUUCCAUUGCCUUUGGCUACCUACAAACCACCUUUGGGGUGCUGCAGCUGCUGGGCGGUCCGGUGUUUGGCAGGUUCGCAGACCAGUGCGGGGCGCGGGCGGCGCUCACGCUCUCUUUCCUGGCUGCCUUGGCGCUCUACCUGCUCCUGGCGGCCGCCUGCAGCCCGGCCCUACCCGGGGUCUACCUGCUCUUCGCCUCGCGACUGCCCGGAGCGCUCAUGCACACGCUGCCAGCUGCCCAGAUGGUCAUCACGGAUCUGUCUGCACCGGAGGAGCGGCCUGCGGCCCUGGGCCGGCUCGGCCUCUGCUUCGGCGUCGGUGUCAUCCUUGGCUCCCUGCUGGGCGGGACCCUGGUCUCCGCGUACGGGAUUCAGUGCCCGGUCAUCCUGGCUGCCCUGGCCACCCUCCUGGGAGCUAUCCUCAGCUUCACCUGCAUCCCCGCCAGCACCAAAGGGACCAAAACUGACCCUCAGACUCCACCGCCAGGCGGCCCCCGGGCCAGUGUGUUUGACCUGAAGGCCAUCGCCUCCCUGCUGCGGCUGCCAGAUGUCCCGAGGAUCUUCCUGGUCAAGGUGGCCUCCAACUUCCCCACAGGGCUCUUCAUGGUCAUGUUCUCCAUCAUCUCCAUGGACUUCUUCCAGUUGGAGGCCGCCCAAGCUGGCUACCUCAUGUCCUUCUUCGGGCUCCUCCAGAUGGUGACCCAGGGCCUGGUCAUCGGACAGCUGAGCAGCCACUUCUCGGAGGAGGUGCUGCUCCGGGCCAGCGUGCUGGCCUUCAUCGCGGUGGGACUGGCCAUGGCCUGGAUGUCCAGCGUCUUCCACUUCUGCCUCCUGGUGCCCGGCCUGGUGUUCAGCCUCUGCACACUCAAUGUAGUCACCGACAGCAUGCUGACCAAGGCUGUCUCCGCCUCAGACACAGGUCACUGGGCCACAUCAUGCACAGACACCACCCCUGGCCUGGAAGGAGUCAGCACCUGGUUCCCAGCAGCAGCCUGGAAACCCAGCGACAGAGGGGGCAGAGGACAGAAGGGGCAGGAACUGCACCCUGUGUCUGCAGAAGAGGCUGCUCUUAAUGAUCCUCCACACCGGGUCCUGAGCCCAGGUGGGGCCUGGCCAGCUUCUCAUCACAGCUGACCAGCCCCGGGAUUUCCAACUCCAGGACACCUGGGCUCUGAAGUCCCUGGAGCCAGAGACCCUCUGGGCACGGGACCAGAGGCAGAGAGUGUCCUCCCAGCUGGAGGCCUGGGGGGUCCUCUGUUCAGUGAAUGCUGCCCCCGUGUUGCCCGAGUGUUGACAACAGCCACAGAUAGUGCCCACGUGCCUGUCCAUGCUGGGGGUCGCUGGCCAGAGGGGUGUGGAGAUGGGGUGUCAGGGACAGCGCAGGCUGCUUCGCAGGUGUGGGCUGUCCGGGGAGCCUGGGAAGCGGCUCAGUCUUGCUGGGGCUGCAGGAGGGGCAGGUGGAGGGGCUCUGCAUGGGCUCCCGAAGCCCCUGUGGGAGGAGUUCCUGGAGUAGUAGGAGCUCCGCAGGGGGGCGGCUGGAGGAGGGGCUGAUGGCCAGGAGAGGCUGUGGGGUUGGGGUGUCAUGCCCACUCUGAACUCAAGCCCCAACAGUGUCUCACAGGCCAGGCUUAGCCUCCCCACUGCAUCACCAGCCCUCAGUGGUGGCAGGCACCCUGGGAAAGAGCCGUGAGAGCCACAGCUCCCUGACACCCUGGGCGGGAGGUUCCGGGCCCCAGGCACAGAUGCCAUCUCCCUUGGCAGGCCUGGCAGGGCGGGGCCUGCUGCGGUGACCUGUGGCCCCAUUCCCAGGCUCCUCCUGUGCUUGGAAACUUUCUGGAGCAGGGAAGAGACUCAGCCCAGUGCCCCGGGAAGCACCCUGUGCAGCCCCCUGCAUGGCUGAGAGGUCCUCGGGGAAUGGCCCAGUGGGUGGAGAGAGCUGCGUUUGCUCCAAAGGCCGGGCGGGUGGCAGGGAGUGGGGGACGGGAGGUUAGAAGCCAGCAGGUGGAAAGGAGGGGUGUUUGGGGGAGGAUUUCACCAGACUAUGCAAGGUGCAGACUGCACCGUGAGGUUGGGAUGGGACAGGAGAGAUGAGAGGUCAUGGCUGUGUCCAGGAAGUGGGCAGCCGGCCCAGGGAGCUGCCCAGGGCCUGACUACCCCCAUGCACCCCCCAGGGGCCAUGCUGGGCCUCUGUGCCUCUGUGCAGCCACUGCUCCGAACGCUGGGGCCCACCGUCGGCGGCUUCCUGUACCGCAGCUUUGGUGUCCCUAUCUUCGGCCACGUGCAGGUUGCUAUCAAUGUCCUUGUCCUUCUGGUCCUCUGGAGGAAACCUAUGCCCCAGAGGAAGGACAAAGUCCGGUGACUGCUGCCCAGACACAGACUGGCAAUAAACUCCUGCUAAAUCCCUC